CCUUGCUCUGUGUCUCUCAGGGACUCUCAGCCUGCUCUCCUUCCGUGGCCUGCUUUCUAUCUCUGACCAACAUUUGCACGCACAAACAACCAAGAACCAUGGCCCAGCAGCAACAAAUUAGCUUACCUGCCAAACUAAUCAAUGGAGGGAUUGCAGGCAUAGUUGGAGUCACCUGUGUGUUCCCAAUAGACCUGGCCAAGACCCGCCUGCAGAACCAGCGCAGUGGGCAGCAACUGUACAAGAACAUGAUGGAUUGCCUUGUUAAAACCGUUAAAUCAGAAGGGUACUUUGGCAUGUACAGAGGUGCUGCAGUAAAUCUUACAUUAGUAACCCCAGAGAAGGCCAUAAAACUAGCUGCUAAUGACUUUUUUCGCCACCAACUGAGCAGUGAUGUUGGAAAGCUCACGGUUUUCAAAGAGAUGCUGGCAGGAUGUUGUGCAGGAAUGUGCCAAGUCAUCAUUACUACACCAAUGGAGAUGCUGAAGAUUCAGCUGCAAGAUGCAGGCAGGAUAGUGGCCCAGCAGAGAGUGAUGCCCGGUGUUGUAACAUCAUUAAAGAUGGGGGGGACCAACACUGUUCUCAGUCGUUCCUACAACACCGCCCCUACACCUCAAGUAAGGCGUAUGUCUGCUAUAGAAAUAACUAGAGAACUGCUGAGGACCAAAGGAGUCGCAGGGUUGUACAGGGGCCUUGGAGCCACACUGAUGAGGGACAUCCCAUUCUCUGUUGUGUACUUUCCUCUUUUUGCCCAUCUGCAGCAGCUUGGUAAGCAUUCAUCAGAAGAUCCAUCUGUGCCUUUCUAUUGGUCCUUUAUGUCUGGAUGCCUGGCUGGAUCUAUAGCUGCUGUAGCAGUCAGCCCUUGUGAUGUGGUGAAGACAAGGUUGCAAUCGCUCAAGAAAGGACCCAAUGAGGAGACCUACAGUGGAGUGGUGGAUUGCAUUAGAAAGAUCCUGAGAAAAGAGGGUCCAGGGGCUUUCCUUAAAGGAGCCAGUUGCCGGGCGUUGGUCAUUGCCCCUCUCUUUGGUAUUGCCCAGGUUGUUUACUGUGUUGGAGUUGGCGAGUUCCUCCUGGGCUACAACCCCUACAACAUCUACUCUACAUAAAGACUCUGUUACUGGGACUUUAUGAGGGCUUUUUCAAUUGCAGGUGCUAUACUCUGUGUGAUGGAGCCAGCGCUAUACAACUGUCUAGACUUUAUUUGUUGGGGUCUAGAGUUCAACACUAAAGGGACCACAAACAUGCCAUACAUCAUGCAUUUAGCUUGACUGUCUUUUACAACUUAAGUCUUAAAAAGAUUAACAUAUGACCUUAAAAAAACUAAAGUUGGGCCUUUUUAGUUUAUGGGCUUCAUUGUAGCUUACUGCUUACCUCACAAAGGGCUACUGUAUGUUGUAUGAUGAGGGAUUUGCCCUGAAGUAACCAGACCUAUCCCUGUGUUUUUAGAUUUCAGCCUUACCUCUAAAUAUACCCCACUUACCCCUUACUGUAACCCUAACCUGCAUACCGUAUUAGCUUCUUCCUCUUGGCCACUAUAGUAUGAUAUCUUGGAACAGGGUAGUGUUGGCCUAGUGGUUAGAGCAGUGCGCUUGUGCUCUGAGAUGGUUGCAAAUACCUGGUUCGAUCCCCACAGCCUGUGCUCUGGGUCCCUGAGCAAGACCUUUAACCCCACUGCUCCCCAGCCUGAGGUAAAUUUCUCCAACAUGAGAUCAAUACAGUUCAAUUAUUAUUAUUAAGAGUGCUUAGAAAAAAAACAACAAACAGAAAUAUUUACUUUAAAACUUUAAUCCUCCCUUAAAUGGUCAUAUCUGAAAUUAAGGUCUGGUUCUUGAUCAUGCUCUUUGUAUAUAUUGUAUAUUUCUCUUUCAAGUUUAAUACCUUUUUUCAUAUAACUGCUGCAACAAAUUGUUUCUGUUUUUGUAUCCUUAAAAUAACCGGACGACAAAUGAGGAAAACAGAUUGUUUGUGGGGUCAAAGAGUGCAAAGAAUUCAGCAUUUGGGCACUCUUUUCCUUAGAUCACUUUAAAUGGUUCUAAGAGCUUUUAAAGAGGUUUGUCCAAAAUGAUUUCCUGAACUAUCUCUCAUAGGAGGAUUACUGUUAUUUUAAGAUUACAAAGACUUUCAGCUGCAUACUUUCACUGUGAACUGAGGAUCUCAGACUAAAAUGUUUUGUUUUUGUGUGCAGAUAACCCUUUUUUCAUGAAUGCUAUAUAUUACAGCAAUGACUCAUGUGUCCUGUCUUUUUAAUAUUCUGUUUGUGCAUCUAAAACUGGUGACUACUUCAUUUUUUAUGUCUAAAAUUACAUGUGUAAAUAAAGUGUCUUGAG